ACAUCAUCAACCCUUCUAUGAAGCAUCCCAGCAUCGCCAUCGAAUUAGUCGAGCCUAGGGGAAUAACAAGCCAACGAUUUCAAUGGCACCUCGCUCAAACGAUCGCAAGCCGCAUCAAUUUAGGAAUUUGACAUUCACCGAUCAUCGGCCGAAGUUCCUGGCGAACAUCGAUGCAGCGUUGAGGGGGACAAAAGCUGAACAAGACCAAGAUCCUCCGAGGUCGAGGAGACGAUAUGAGGGAAAUGAUGAAGAUGGCUACGCUGAGACCGAGAUCUUGGAUCCAUUUCGCCCAGCCAUCCCGGUUAGACCCAGGGAAAUCAACCAUAAGGAUGACGACGACGGGGAUGACGAGCAACCACAAGUCGUGGAUGAAACCGAUCUAUCCGGCAUGGGUCGUCUAUCCGAUGAAGAUGAAGAACUGGACGAAGAUUCCCCCGAGGUGGUUGUUCUUAAAGAGGGCAAACACCUCACCAAGGAAGAAUUCGAGGCUGAAAAGAUAAGACUUCGGGAUAACCCUGAUACUCCAUCCACGCUCCCUACCUCAUCCCGCGCAAGCAUCAAGCCGUCCUUGACGUUCUCAUCGAGCAACAAGCCGGCCACAUCGACGGGCAAACGAAAGGGCCCGACCAUAGACCACAACGAUCGUAGUCCAGAGGCCAAUGACGGAUGGUCAGAAUUGGUGAAACGGACCAAAGGGGAAAAAUCUGCCCUGGUCUCGACGAUCAAGGAGGAAAGAGAGCUCGCCGAGAAAGCCUCGGUGUCUAAAAAACAGAAGAAGAGCGAGCUCAAGGCGAAGAAUAAGAAGGCUAAGAGCUUGAUGUCAUUUUCUUGAGCCCACUCAUUGUUCUUUUGGUUCUUCGAUCUAGUUCUCUCCACACGUCUCUUCGAUCCGAGUGUGCAAUGUUGUACAUCAUUAUAUGAUUCAAUUCUUUUUCAUCUAAUCAUCGUGUACUAUUUCAUAACCUUGCCAGUUGCAAUUGC